ACAAAGAGUAAAACAUCUUUAUUUUACUACUGCAAACCAAAGUCGACGACAGAACCGUCUGCACUGUCAUACUCCGCGGCCCCAUCCAUAAAAUACACCGGGAAUCUGGCCCUGGUACUCCGGCGUGCAGCGGAGUCUGGGAGGGGCAUCAGUCCGUCGUCCGUCCGGGCAAUGGCGGAUGGGGAUGCCACCGUGUUUGUGGAGUGGGGCAGCGGUGAUAGGUGCUUAGCAAAAUAACAUCCCACUUCUGCAUUUACAUUUUCUCUGUUAAGCUUGGUAUUCAGCUCUCGCCAUGGAUCCAGAGAAAACGUUGACAUUCUGCUUCGGGCUGAAGGCUGAGGAGAUGACCAUGUCCCUGCAGGGGCUGGAUGGGACUGAAACUGCUACGGUGGCUGUUUCUCAGGAGACGACUGACCUGCGCACGGUUAAUGAGGUGGUGAAGCAUCACGGGGGUUCUGGUAGCCAGCCUGUUGUCAGUCCCAACUGUCCUGGUGUAAACGACAAUCCAGGUUACCUUUGUGAAACGGGGCACUGCUGCGGAGAGACAGGCUGCUGUACCUACUAUUAUGAACUCUGGUGGUUCUGGCUGCUGUGGACAAUGCUGAUCCUCUUCAGCUGUUUCUGUGCUUACCGCCACCGCCGGGCCAAGCUCAGAAUCCAACAGCAGCAGAGACAGAGGGAGAUCAAUCUGAUCGCCUAUAACGGAGCCUGCAACUACCCUUCCUCGAUGCUGGACCUCAGUUUUCUGGCUUCCUUCAAGUUGCCCUCCUACGAGGAGGUGGCGGCGCAGCCCAGCACCCCUCCUCCGCCUUACAGCUCCGUCUUCGCCCUGCAGGGAGGUGCCAUGGGGGGUCCUAGCUCCUCUUACCCCCAUCAUCACCACCACCGUCACCCCUGCCCUCCCUAUCUGGGCCCCGGUCCCAGUGGCCUGACUUCCUCCCAGAGCUCUGACAACUACACUAGCUGCUCCUGCGAGUCGUGCUCCCUCACCUCCCCCUCCAGCACCUCCUUCUCUGUCCAGGUGACAGACGAGACACAUGACAGCAGCCACAUCUCCACACCCAGUGAAGCAGGGGGCGACUGUGCUGUCAUGCCAAGGGUUGCGGCCAACUUCACACCAACUUCUUCCCUGACACCUCCGUUACAAGUUCCCCCUGAUGUCAUACCCGCGGCCACUCCAGAUGUCAUACCCGUACAAAGACAGUCCUCUAAUGGCGGUGAAGGAGUCUCGCCUUCAGCUCCACCUCUCUCUCUUCCUUUACACUCUCGUCCUUCACGCCCUUCUCGCCUCCCGCUUUCUCCCCUCAUUCUGCUACAUUCCCUCCCUCCUGGUCAAAUCCAUCCUCUCGUCUUCUCAGACCCACUUGGAGCUGUGGCCGUUCAGAGGGAGAAAGCAGAAGAGGCCCGGCCUUAUGGUCCAACCCACAGGCCCACUCUGUAUCCCCCUAAACAGGCUCUCUUCUCCUCAAACGUGGCAGUUUCCACACAUUGCAACAACAAAGAGCAGCAAAAACGAGAAAAAGAAGAGGAGGAAGAGGAAGAUGAGGAGGAGGAUCAUUUCCGGCAUCGACGGCUAACAGGUGACUCGGGCAUUGAGGUAUGUCGUUGCCACGUGAAGAGAGAGGAACAAGAGGAAGAAGAACUACAGAAGGGGCAUUCUGGGAAAGGAAGAAAAGAGGCUGUGAAGGAAGAGGAGAGGGAAGAUAUGCUGCAUGACAGCGUGGACUGUUCCCUCCGAGGGAAGGCUGCUGUUCAGUCACCACUCCUGGACGUCUGCGUUGAACAGCGCGGCCACGCCUCUUCAUCCUCCAGUAUCAUCCAGAAGCCAGGCGAGGCCAUCUUCACUGUUGAGUCCUCGUAAGCUGACAGCCUGUGAGAUGUAGUCAAACAAGUGGGAAAAGUGAGAUGUUAAUGCUUGAUAGCAUCUUCAUAGAUCAAGACUAGUAGGUGAAAAGUGAAAUCACUGAAGAAAAGUCUUGCAGGUCUUACUAUGGUUGGGGGCAGGAUGAGUAAUGUAUCCUCUUGUUUUCUCUGUAGAGAAGCCGACACCUGAAAGUCCUAUUUUGUAGGUAAUUUAUUUAUAGUUUGGGGGACAGCAUAUCUUCUCCUCUAAAGUGAUGAAAAUGCUAAUGAAUUGCUCUUUCGUUGUAUCCAUUUUCACACAUGCUAUCCAAAUCCAUUUUUACCAGUGGAUAGGUGUAAACAUGUCCCUCUAUCGUUUACUUUUCAUCUCUCUUUUCUCUACAUGACGCAAAAUUGCUAAAAAAAAAAGAAGCAUUUUAGCUCCUUGAAACAAAAAACUCAAAUAGUCAGUGGUUCCCAACAUGUGACAACAAAUAAAUCAGAGGGGUCAUGAUGAUUAACAGUAUGAGAAAGAAGAAACAUAGUUCUGCUAAAGAAAAUGAUAUGCUAAUGUUUCUCUACUGUUUCUUUUUUUUUGUGAAAUAGAUUUUUGUGGAUAGUUUUACCUCUCUGAACAUUUGAAAAAGUAUUGAAAUGAAGCAAUCUGAGAUGCGAAAAUCAAUCUUUAGUGGACCAGGUCUGCGUGUGUGUGUGUGUGUGUGCGCGUGUGUGAUGGGGUCACAGAAAUAUAUUUUCACAACAAAGAGGUUGGGAACCGCUGUCUGAUUAACCAUGUUACUAAAAUCAUCCCAGCAGCAGUGAACAAGACAAGUUUAUCAUUGACUGACAUCUUUUUGAAUUGAAAACAAUUAUAAUCUCGGAGUGUAUAUGAAGAAAAAACGCUAAACAAUUCAUUUUCAAAAGAGCAGCUCUAACUAAUUGUGUCUGGAUUCUAAUCUUUUGAAGAGGUUCAUAACUACUGGACAUAUGGUUCGAGGUCACAGGACUAACCUUUGACUUUUUUUUUUUUUUUUUUUU